AUGCCCUCCAACAACGUACCCCCUACUAACGACCACGCGCACCACGAUUGGGACACCGUGAAAGCGGAUAAAGUCCAUCGUCCGAGUGCCGUUGAACAAAGCCGGACUGAGUCCGCCGAGAUUGGGGAGAAAUCUUCAUCUCGCAAGGGGUACCAGAAGUCCAUGUCUUCCGGAGUCGAGGAGAAAUCUUCACUCCGUCCAGUCCCUAAAACCACCGCAGCUGGGGGUAAAACCCUGGGCGGUAAGAAAAAUAAGAAGGCGAAAGCGCCAUCUGACCAGCGCAGUAUCCUCAGUUUCAUGGGGCCUGCUCACGAAGCCGGUGAAACAUCCGAGCCUCUACAAACCUCACACCGUCCAGGCCCUCAGACCACCGCAGCUGGAGGUAAAAUCCGGGGCGGUAAGAAAGGUAAGAAGGCGAGCGUGCCAUCUAACCAGGGCAGUAUCCUCAGUUUCAUGGGGCCUGCUGAAGAAGCCGGUCAAACAUCCGAGCCUCUUCAAACCGGUUGUAUUACAGCCGGAAAACGCCCUCCGACCGAAGCUGUAGCUGAAAAUGCCAGCGAGUCGAAGAGGGCUAAAAUAAUCAAAGAAGAGCCCGUCGUGUCUGUAAAGGCCGAGGAAGAGCUUGAAGAUACCCUCUACGACAUCAAAGAAGAAGAAGAAGAAGAAGUCCCCUUCAACCCGGAGGACUACGCCGACGUCAUCCUUAUUGAGGACGAGGAGUACCCCGACGAAUUAAAGUAUGAGGACGCCGCCGGGCACGAUGUCGAAGAGAAUGACCUGUCGGAACAAGUUUCUCAGGAGGCGGGCUAUUUUGAGGAGGAGGGUUUUAUUUCGGACGCGGAUCGGUAUCAGACUGCCGGUAUCGCGGACGAAGAUCAUGAGGCUCUCCAAGAGAGCUUCGACAAAAGCAUGCAUAGGGUUAUUAGAUACCUGUUCGGCUAUGCGCAAAGAACCCCUUUCAAGGAACUUUCAAGUAACGAUUCCUAUAUCGCAAAGGGUAUGUAUAAUUGGCUGCGGAGAGCAGAUCCUGAGGUUGUAUAUCGCCUAUAUCAGGCGAUCAUCCCUGUGUCUACUCGCACCAUCCUGGGCCACGAUAGACUGACCUGCCAACACAUUCUUGCUCUUCCAAAGGUGAGCCCCUCGCGUAGGGAAAAGGGUGUGUAUUUGGAUCUUGUCACUAGUCCCAGCGACAAUGGUGGACUCUAUACGGGGUCAACUAAAAAAUCUUUCGUCGUGCGGAUUCCAGCGCACAAAUAUCAGAUCCAACGAAAUGGGUCUGUAAAAGGUACACACUAUAUGUACAUCCGAGAGAAGACAAACAGAAAGCCCAACUUUCGCGUGGUUGCUGUCUUCCCUCGAGAUAUGCCAGAACUUGGGAUCGAAAAUGCGAAUAGCGAAUGGCUAAUCCGCUUUCUCGAGGCGGUUAUCAUGAUCGUGCUCGAUACGUUCACACCGGGAUCCAUAUCCCGAUUCUCGAUAACACAAGACCGGCUCAACCACCUGAAGUUCGAAUGUGACCUCAGAGAUACAAUCUUUGAAUCCCUGAACCACGCUUUGCCGACAAAGCAGCCGGUUGAGUCCAACUUACCUAAGGUAUGUAGCACGUGUGGUAAAGACAAGUACACUAGAUGGUGCUUGGAUUUCAAUGUUUCAACGUUGGGAGCCCGCCGCCUUUGCCCUUCAUGUUAUCAAUACAAGAGAAUACACGGCAUCGACAGGCCUGCUUCCCUUUAUAACAGGCUACCUCGACCAACCUCCGGGCCAUGCUGUAACCCAAACUGCAGUGUAGAGGCAUCUACGAGAUGGCGACGGGACCCAAAUGACAGUGUUCGGGUUCUAUGCUAUGCUUGCUAA